CUCCCUGAAAAAGAAAAAACAAACAUAAUUUUCCACUUUCCUUCAUCUACGAAGGAGAAGAAAAAUCGGAAAAUUUUUAGCUCCCACAGUCUGUCUCUGUGACAGUGAAUAAAUAUUUUCAUCGAGAAAAAACACAAAUCCUUUCCCAAAAGAAUUUAAUUUUAUUUCUAAAAACAAUAUUAUUUAAAUUAGUAACUCGUAAGGAUUAGUUUUUGAAUUUUUCUUGAAAUAAGAAAAGAAUCGAAAAAGAAAAACUUGCGAUUAAUCGGUUUUUCCAAAGUGAAAAGGAGGUUGGUCGUACGCCGAUGAUUUUCCGACAGCCAUUUAAAUUGUUUUUCCUGUGUCAUGUCUUUGGAGGAUCCAUUUUUUGUUGUUAAAGACGAAGUGUUUAAGGCUUUGAACAAGACUCGUGGUUUGUAUCUGCGUUGGCGUGAGUUAGGUGAAUCUAGUGCUGCUGAAGUCGAAUGGACCACAACAGAGCUGCGUAACUCAUUAAGGAGCAUUGAAUGGGAUCUAGAAGAUUUGGAAGACACAAUUAGUAUCGUAGAAAAGAAUCCGAAUAAAUUUCGUAUUGACAACAGAGAAUUAUCAAGCCGACGUCAUUUCAUUGAUGCGACUCGCGAUGAAGUCAAAUCGAUGAAGGAGAAGAUGAGCCUUAAUCGCAAUAGGGACAGAGAUAUUACAGCACGUCAGCCAUUAUUGGACGAACAACAAAACGAAAAGAACAUUUCAUUAACAAAUAAUAAUAAUUCAACAGCAACAUCUGUUGUAGGUGGAGUAUUGGGAAAUAGUGUAAGUGGUAAUAUUGCAAGUACCAUUGCUGGAACAAUGGCAUCUCGACACAGUGGAACAAAAUACUCCAAAUUGGAAAAUACUCUCGAUAGUCCGGGUCAUUAUGCAACACUCGAUAGUCCGGGUCAUAAGUUCGUUGGAGAAACUGUAUCAAUUCAACAGCGAAUGAUGCAGGGACAAGAUGAACAGUUGGAUAUGAUAAGUGAUUCCAUUGGAACAUUGAAGACUGUUUCACGCCAAAUUGGUGUAGAAUUAGAUGAACAAGCAGUAAUGCUCGAUGAUUUUGGAAAUGAAUUUGAUACAACUGAAUCUAAGCUGGAUUCUACCAUGAAAAAGGUUGCCAAAGUCCUCCACAUGAAUAAUGAUAAACGACAGUGGGCUGCUAUAAUUUUCCUUUCAUCACUCUUAAUCAUUGUGAUACUUUUGUUUAUAAUUUUGUAAAUCAAUUACGACUUACCUAAUGUACUGCUCUUGUUGUUAGCCAUUUUUUUUUGUAUUUAUUUGUUUUAUCUAAUUUCUAAGAUUAUUUUCGUUGUUUAAAUGCCUUUUUGUUUAAUUUGUGUAUUAGGAUAAAAUAUCUAAUAAUGGUAGUGUGAUCUUAAAUUGUAAACCACAACGUACAACUACUUAAUCUAUUAUAAUAGCAUUUCGGCAUUCCUAUUCCUUUAUUAUAAAUUUUCUUUAAAAUUUUUUAAUUCAAUUUAACUUUUGCAUUUUUAAUUAAAAAAUAACAUCGUAAGUAAGGUUCUUAAAAAAAAUUAUAUAUGUAUUUAGAAAAAUAAUAUAAAAAAAUAUUCUCUGCAGAUAACUGUACAUAUUUUACAAAACAAAAUUUAAUUAAAAGAAAAAAAGUUAAUUAAUUUUACUAAAUUAUAAUCUAUAUACAUUCAUUACACACAACUACAAGAAAAAUAAAAAAAAAAAAACGAACAAUCUUCGGAGGAUUCUCAAGAAUGAGGAACAAUAUUGAUCAGAGUCUAAGAAACAGAAGAGAGACACAACAGAACAACUUCAUUAAUAAAAUAGUUUUUAUUUCUAAAUUGGGUACUGUUAAAAUUCGUAAUGUAAAAAUACUGUAUCGUUUAUAGUAUACAAUGAAAAACAAAAAUUAUAAUAUUAUCAAGAACAAAAGAAAAUGAGUACGAAAACCAAAUUAUUAGACUAUUUAAAAUUAUAUACACGAUAGACGUAUUUAAAGAAAAGGAAAUAUAUAUCUUAUAACGUAAGAA